UAUAAUUCAGAAUUCAUUGUUCCAUCAAUGAUGGCAAGCCAUCCUGGCCCAGAUGCAGCAAAACAGGCCCGAACCAUGAUACUACCACCACCAUGUUUCACAGACGGGAUAAGGUUUUUAUGCUGGAAUGCAGUGUUUUCCUUUCUCCAAACAUAACGCUUCUCAUUUCAACCAAAAAGUUCUAUUUUGGUCUCAUCCGUCCGCAAAACAGUUCGCCUCAUCUCCUCGGAGAAAUCCUUGAAACUGGAACAAAAGGGUGCAUUGGAAUCCCAGACCGCUGUUCCCCACUCUCUGGCCUUACCGGUGAGGAGCGUUAUUGUAUAUGCUACCCGGGAGCAUUCUGUGGGGAAGGCCAGAGGUUGCAGCUCUAGGAUCAAUGAACAUUGAGACAGAAACGAUCUGCAAGUACCUGGUUCUCCCUUGUAGGGCUGAGGCGCUGAAAGUCUCGGUUCGUGGAGAAAGGCGGUGGCAGGAGCUGACGUAGGACACGGCUGAGCAGGGGUAGACACAGCUUGACAGCGCUGCAUCUGCAUCGUAAGAAGGUUGAAUGCGUUGGACAGGGUGGCGAGGUUCUGGGUAAUUUGUUGUAGGUCUUGUUGGUGGGUCUCGAGGAGAGUCGCUUGCUGCUGGAUGGCCAUUCUCAGAUGGGCGAGUUCUGCUGGAUCCAUGUUGGCCAGAAUGUACUGUUAGGGUGGGUGGAGGUAUGGUGAAGUUCGGAUCCAAACAGAACACAGACAGUAAUCCAAUAAAUAAGAUGAUUUAAUACAGGGAAGAAAGGGCGUGGCAAAAGGUAAACAAACAGGACAAAAAACAAAUGGCAAAAAUAGUCCGGGCAAAAUGAGAACAAACAACUUGACAAAAACAUGAGACAGGCAAAGACAAAAAUGCUAGCGCAAAAAACCCUGAACAAGAAAAGACCCUUAGUGCAAGAAACCAUGAAUCAGAAAUAACCCUUAGUGCAAAAAAACAUGAACCAGAAAAACGCUAGUGCAAAAACCAUGAACAAAAGAAAAUCGCUAGCGAGGAAAAACCAUGAGAAGCAAGAGAGGCACAGAAACGGCUAGAGAAGCAAACGAGAUGUUCUGGGAAGGUCUGAGUCUGAGAACGGCGUAUUUAUAAGCAGUGGUGAAAACCAGAACGUGAAUGCAGGUGAGAAGGAAUUCCUGUCCCGGAUCCGGAUCGGCGCUGGCGUGAGAGAUCCGUAAUCUCCGGAGUGGUUGUCCGGGGCAGAGUAUGACACACUCCUCACAAAGUCUACUUUAUAGACCCCUUCGCAUGUUUGUAAACAAAUCGACCGUUGCUAGGAUGCGCGUGCAGCCUGGACUCAGAAACAAUGGCGCUGCCCAUAGACCGGCAUUAUGAGCGGUCAGAUUAUGCAAAACAAUUGUCGUUACAAGAUCAAGAAUGCUACAUAAAUAAGUUAACUCUAACAAGUGGACAUCGCCUACCGGAUCCGUAUUUAAUUAAAGAGUGGACGGACGAUGUUAGUAAGUUCCCUGGUAUACAAUGGCCAGAUAUAUACUCGUACCUUAUUGACAAGACUUCAGUGUACACCCACGAAAAACUUCGUGCCUACAAGUCUUUAGAUGCAUAUGAUUAUGUUAUGUGCGGGCAUGUACAGAACGUGUUUUACACCGAAAUUGAUGAAAACUUCUGUGCUCUGAAGUCAAAAAUCUUACCAAGUCAGCAUCAAGGUCAGAAGGUUGCUAUGUAUGAAGCCUGGGUGGUAUACAACAAGCUGGAAGGCUACGUUUUGACAGCCAAUUGCACAUGUAUGGCAGGGCUUGGGUCAUGCUGCAGCCAUGCAGCUGCAAUUUUAUUCAAAGUCAAGGUUAUUGUAAGAAUGGGAAGGACAGAGAAAGCAGCAGUCACGUCUGGAGAGUGUGUGUGGAAAGACCUGAGCAAGAAAGAAGUUCAGCCAGCUCCGUUGAGGGAAAUAAGAUUCAACAAAACAAAGAAGCCAGGCAGGCAACUUCCAGAUAGGUGUACUUCAGCAGCUGUUAGAAAUACGACCACGACAGUCAGAGAGUUGACAGAUGAUGAUAUAAAUGAAUUACGGAUUAUGGCACCUGGAGCAGCAGUAUUGACGAGUAUGGACAAUAGUGAUACGGACACCGCAUCAUCCGACUCUGGCACUGAGGAAGAUGAAGACCUACCUGAGCCCUUGACUUCAUUAUUUAACAUCUCAUUCAGAGACCUGUCACCAGAGGAAAUGGAGGUAAAAUGUGAGGAAACCUUCCUCAGGCUAAAAUCUAGACUGCUGCCUCGUCAUUGUGAGCGGGUAGAAUUUGUGUCACGGCAGCAGUCAGAAUCUUCAGAAUGGCUGAGCUAUAGGGCUGGUCGGAUAAGGAGCACCAGAUUUCACCGCUGUGUGACCACAGAUGAAAAUAUCAGCAAAGCAUACCUAAUGGACAUAAUGCAGUACAACAAAACACAGCUAAAUGUGCCAUCUGUUCUCUGGGGCAAGUCUAUGGAGGAAAUGGCCAGACAGACAUACACUGCAGUUAUGGCACAAAGCCAUGAAGGCUUCAGUGUCAGCUCCUGUGGCUUAGUGAUACGGCCCUCUGAUCCAUACCUUGGGUCCUCACCAGAUGGCAUCACACAAUGUACAUGCUGUGGCAAAGGGGUCUUAGAAAUAAAGUGUCCUUACAAAUACUGUGAUGGCCUCCAGGGAAGCACAGAGGACACACAAUUCUGUCUGGACAAAUCACACAUUUUGAAAAAUUCACACCCCACGGGCGAUUGCUCUAAGACAACGAGGGAGGCUCAGCCUCCUCUAAAAAUGACGAACAUCGUGUAGAUGAAUUGUGCUAGGCUUAUGUUAUAGCCAACCUUAUAACAUUGCUAUUUCAGAUCCAGAAUCAUAGAAAUACAUGUGCUCAACCCAACUACAGUGUGAAAUCAUUCCGUUAUAACUUUCCCCAGUUCGCCUAAUGUGUGCGUGAGUUUUUCCCCCUCGUGACAGCGCGAUGCAGCCCAGCCUCAGUGCACUUCAAUGGCAUUUGGGAGCUAUGCACUUGACAAUCUCAAAAUGCAAGACGGUUAUUGGACAAAUACUGCGAAAAUGCCCGCCCACGGAGUCUCACGGACUCCCAGCCUCAGUGGACUUCAAUGGCAUUUGGGAGCUAUGCGCUUUUCAAUCUCAAAAUGCAAGACAGUUAUUGGACAAAUACUGCGAAAAUGCCCACCCACGGAGUUCCACGGACUCUCAGCCUCAGUGGACUUCAAUGGCAUUUGGGAGCUAUGCGCUUUUCAAUCUCAAAAUGCAAGACAGUUAUUGGACAAAUACUGCGAAAAUGCCCGCCCACGGAGUCCCACGGACUCCCAGCCUCAGUGCACUUCAAUGGCAUUUGGGAGCUAUGCGCUUGUCAAUCUCAAAAUGCAAGACGGUUAUUGGACAAAUACUGCGAAAAUGCCCGCCCAUGGACUCCGAGCCUCACAGUGGGAGGGACAUGGCAGUUUCCGCGAGGAGACUGGUGAUUGGUGAAAGCGGCCAGAUAUUUUCUUUGAUUGACAGCUCGUUUCAAAUAUAGACAGGCAGCGGUGAAUUUCAGUUCAGUCCCAUGCAGAUUUGCAAGUGCUGUAUUGUAAGAGAUCAGCUUACAUUUCGAUUUCAUUCAUUACAUACGGUUUCUACCAGCU